AUAAUUAUUCUUCAUCUCACCGGGAAAAAUAAAAACUGAGUCAACUCAGACCGAGUUACCAAGAACCAUUAUUAUUAACACACUGAAUAUAUAUACACAUACGCAAAUGGGUAUAUGCAGCUCGAGCGAGUCGACUCAAGUCGCCACGGCGAAGGUGAUCUUACAAGAUGGGAGGAUGAUGGAGUUUGCGAACCCCGUUAAAGUCGGAUACGUAUUGCUCAAGUAUCCCAUGUGUUUUAUUUGCAACUCCGACGAUAUGGAUUUCGACGACGCCGUUUCCGCCAUCAGCGCCGACGAGGAGCUUCAGCUUGGUCAGAUAUACUUUGCUCUUCCUCUUUCUUGGCUUCGUCAGCCACUUAAAGCGGAUGAGAUGGCUGCAUUGGCCGUUAAAGCUAGCUCUGCGCUCAUGCGAGGUAGUGGAGGUUGCCGUCGGAAACUCGUUGAUCCUAUUGUUUCUGAUAAGUUUCGAACGAGAGUUGGAUCCGGUGAUGAUACUGUUGGUUCCGGCUCCGGAAGAAGGAAAGGGAGGAACGUUGACGGUGGCGGUAGUGUUAGUAGUAGCCGGAGGAGGAAAAGUUACGCGGCGGAGUUGAGUACGAUAGAUGAGUGAAGGGUAGUUUUGGAAUUUUGAUUAAAAUUUGUGGAUAGUGUAAAUUAUGUUGGGGGGCCUAUUUAGUCAUUUAAUGAAGAUGCAAUUUGCAGCAUAUUGGCAAAAAGUUCUUAUUUGGUAUUUUAGUACUUAGCACCAAAUUACAGUUAUAU